AUGAACAGCUACGAAUGCACUCGCUUCACCGAUUUACCGAAUGACGUACUCCUCGAGAUAGCAUGGUUUCUUCGCCCUCAAGACCUAUUAACCAUGACCGCAAUUUCUCGCGCUUUGCGCAGCCUCUUUUUAGAGGAUAUUGUCUGGCGUCAAGCUCGCUCUGAGUGGCCCUUGGACGUCCCUGUCGGCCUGGUCCCAAACGACUUGGAUGGUAGCGAUCUCCGCAGAUUACAUAUCAAGUCCAUCAAACUAGAAUCCAUGUGGGGGAGCAGCCGUGCGCCUUCCAAGGUCGGCGGGAUCACAACUCCAGCCAUCGUGCAUAGUAUACAGUUCCUCGGCUCUCAAUGGCUCUUAACACUUGGAGGUAUGGAGAAUCAGGUGCUUGGUGGGAUGAUGACACUAUGGUCGCUUGAGGAUCUUCAACACAUUCAUGUUGCCUGUUCGUUCAGCAUUGUGGCUCCUCAUUGUUUUGGAUUCGCUGCUGCGUGGCGGAAAGGUACUAGUCAAAUAGUGAUUGCUGUGUAUACAUCUAACAAAUCGAUGCAAGUUCACUCUAUGUACCGUCAUCAAGGCAGCUGGGGUUCUGACCAUGUCCUUACACUCCACGGUCUUCCAAAUGCACUAAACAGUAGGAAUCAGCUCAAUCUACGCAUUUGCGACUAUAUGGUUGUCUGGUGUACGAAGGCCAACGGCGCGGCGUACGUUUGGCUCAUUAACUCGAUUACAAAGCGAUGCUUCUGCGCCAAACUUGGCCCUACAUUCACAAGAGCCGACGUACCCAUCGCUUUGGUGUGCCUCGAAUUGGGUCGUCUCAUAGUGGUGACGGGUAGCUGGAUGGCGGAGCACACUGCACCCGCGCAAGUUGUCCAUGUCUCGAGGCUUCCUUCAGGCGUGUUGGAUGCAGAUGGGCAUGGACACACUCAAUCUGCUCUCGGAAACGUAGAAACCGCGAUACCUGAGGAUCUAGCCCUUGAGUUGAUAACAUGCUACGAGUCCCCCCAUUUCCAAAUUCAACCGCCCACUGCCCCCACACAGGCUGCUCGCCUCGACGUAGCCAUAAACUCGUACCACGAAUUAACCGUGGUUCAGCAUAGCGACGAAGCCAAUUCUUUGACAUUCAACCGUUUUCCUAUCGACAUCCAUUAUGGCUUACGACCCACUGGGAACCCGAUAUUCUUCGACACGACCGGGCACAACGAAAUUAAUGUUUUACUCUGUCGUUCUGGACGACGAGGUUUCUACACUGCCCUUGUGGUAUCGGAUCCUGACAUGGAUCACACACUCAUACUUCGUAAAUUCAUUAUUCCUGAUCGUACAGAAGUCGUGCCUCUCGAUGAACAAGAGGCAGGUCAUAUGUUCAGCUGUAUGAGCUUUGAUGAUGCAACAGGGCGUUUUUGCAUCGCCACUUGGGGGUUUCAUCCGUUUCACAGCGGGAUGGUGAUUUGCGAUUUUGUAGAUUAG